UGUCUUGAGCUUUUUGUCUUUUUAGAUCAUGCACUUCCAGGAAUUCUACUUUCAGAAAACAAGCGAUGAAAAUUUAAGAAAACAACUGACAGACUGUGAAUCUCAGUCUUUAAGACUGUUUUCUAUGUAAAGGAAUGAUAAAUUUUAAAUGAAUGAGAGAGAACGGAAUUCACUUGACACUUUUGAGUUACCAUAACAACAUCAAACAACAUCAAUGGGGAAUCAUCAUAGUAGUUUAAGACAAUCUGGUAACAUAUAUAUGAGAGGGAUUGGAAAUGACCAGUACCAGUCAGUAAACAUAAAACUACACGGAAUAAAAACCGAUAACUACAAUGUACCAACAGAGAAUUUCUCACUUCCUGUACAAGAUCUGUGUUACAAACUUCUUCGGGAAAGAUAUCCUGGCGAGACUAUUGGGCCAGCAGCUAUACAUCUAUUUGGACUGGCCUGUUUCGAUCAAGAUAAAAAAACUUGCACAUGGCUAAAUCCAAGAAAGAGUUUGAGUGACAGUAUGAAAGAUGGAUUCAGAGGACUAAAUAAUUUAUACCUUCGAAUACGAUUUUUGCCUGUUAAAAGUCAACUACAAGGCCAUAUCAUACAGAGUUUAUGCUAUGACAAAGACCUUUGUCCUAAUCAUGUUAAUUACUUGGUUCAUUAUCUUUUCUUCCAAGUCAAAAACGACUUUGUUUCUGAUAGAUUGAAUACUUUUUACGGUGAGCUUGUACAAUCAAGCAAAGCAAGAGGAAACGCAGUGUUAGACUUACUUAUCAUGUCCAGGCUGUAUGGUCUGGAUUCUCCGGAGAAUGUAUUCGAUCAUAUCGACCAUGAAAAAAACUCAAACUGUUGUUGUUAUUUCGGUAAGAUGAAUGGAAUAGAUUCCAGCUUGAAUCAUGUGUUACCUAGCAGAGAGCGAAACAACUGUUGGAAGGACUAUAAACUGGAAAAAAAUAUGAAGGCAACGUUAACAGAAUACAGCAAGGAAAAUCGUGCUGCGACUACAGUUGAUUUGAUGGUACAUUAUAUCCAAGAACUUAUGAUGGACGUUAGAGAGAGAUAUAUUUCAAAAAGGGCUGAAAUGGAGGGAAAAGUGGAAAUUACAGUCAAUACGCAAAAUGGGUUUGGUGUUUUUAUUAGAGAGCAAUCAGAUCGCAGUGUCCCAUCUUUGUUCUGCUCAAUUGAAGAGCUCCAGUCAAUUGAUAUACAUCAUGAUAACUAUAUGAUGGCAGACAAGAAAACUGGAAAUAACAACAUGAAUAAAUCAUGGACUGUUAGAGUCCACAGAACUAAUGGUACACCUCUGAUGCUGAUUUUUGACACAGUGGAAACUGCAGAAUCCUUCAUUUCUGGCUUAGAUGGCUACUAUAGAGUUAUACACAACUACCAUCAUAUACUCUGUGACCAGGUGGCACCACAUUCACUCAAACAACUUGCCAACCUGAAAUGUCAUGGACCUAUCAGUGAAAAGCUUGCAGUAGAGAAACUGAAGAAAUCUGACCAUGAAUUUUUUAUUGUGAAACAAGAUAUUCAUAGACAGGACAAGUUUGCUAUUGUCUACACAAAUGAAGGACAAAUCAGGACAAAGUAUUUCUUUAGAGACGAUGACAAGUUCUUUUUGGAGGGAGAUACAUCACCAUCAUAUAACACCACAAGGGAACUGUUCAAGGCUUUAUCAGAGAGUGGUAUUCUAGCCAAGACUCCUAUAAUAGUCAGGCCAAAGAACGAUAACAUGACAAGGGAACUGUUCAAGGCUUUAUCAGAGAGUGGUAUUCUAGCCAAGACUCCUAUAAUAGUCAGGCCAAAGAACGAAUGCUGUGAAGUUCUACAGAAUUUGUUUGUUAACCCAUCAGAUACCCCCAAUACAGAAGACGAAGAUUCUGGUGUUAUUGCAAAGAAAAAGCAGCCAUUAGUCUACAUGCAGGGGGACAUCAUGACAGACGAAAAAUUAGGCAAUGGUUACUUUACUGAGGUGUUCAAAGGUCGUGUGAGAGGAAGUGAUAAGUUUGUAGCUGUAAAACAGAUCAGACGUCACCGAUCCAAAGAAAGAAAUCAGGAGUUACUUUGUUAUGAGUCACUACAAAUGGGAGUUUGUCGACAGCUAGGAUUUGAAGAUACCAGGUUUUUUGUUGGUAUCCAAGGUCUUUGUUUGACAUCGCCAUCACAAGUUGUUGAGGAGUAUGCACAGUAUGGGUCCCUGGCAAAGUUCUUUGACAUGAGAAAGCCGUUUACCUUGCAACAUUUUAUCUACAUAGCAAUACAGCUGGCUGAGGCUUUACUAUAUAUGGAUGAGAAGAGUUUGCAUCAUGGUAGUAUCUGUUGUAAGAAUGUGAUGGUGUUUAAGUAUGAUGCUGGAGAUAUCUUCAUCAAGCUGGCUGAUAGUGGGAUGUUAAAUAUUUAUAACAAGCUGCCAAUUGGUUAUGUACUCAAUACAAAAAGACUUCCAUGGGUUGCACCAGAGUUAUUUAAAGACAUGUCAAAGAUGACAAUUAGUGGUGAUGUUUAUGCCUUCAGUACAACUUUAUGGGAAUGUGCUACGUUAGGAAGAAAUCCAUUGGAAGUACAGCCCCUCAAAGACUUCGAUCUUGAUAGUGAUAAGAUUAAAGAAUUUUACCUAAGUGGUAAAACUAUUGAUUUUCCUGAAGACUUGAUCACCAGAGGAGACGAGGGAAGGAGUAGAGCAACACAUUCAUCUGAUAACUCCAGUAAUAAUGGAAAUACAAAAUGUACGAACCCAUCAGAAGUUAUUUAUAACAGAGAUUCUGAUGAAGUCAGGACUAACGAUUGUGAGGAGAAUGAAAGUGAGGCUAAAUUACCAGAUUACUCAAAGGUCAAUAAUGGGCAGAGAACCAGUAGUGUGUUAGAUCCAGAUGAACAUAUUUAUAGUACAGGAUACAGUAGUACCAGUAGCACUGAUAGAAACAUAAAGAUUAAAAGAACUGUCACAGACAUUAUGGCAAAAUGUUGGGCAAAAGCAGAGGAUAGAAUAGAAACUAAUAUAAUUCUACGAGAUCUGAGAAAUGUACAUUCUGGUUAUGUAGACCAUGAGUACCAUCGUGAAUAUUCAGAGAUUAAUGAAAGUGACAUGGAAUCAUUUACCCCUUCACCAGACCAGUUUGAAAGAGCCUUUAUGAAAGACAUUCCUAACAUUAUGCAGUAUUUAGAAUGUGACACCAAUACACACUGGACAGCUGAAGAUAUGAGAGUAAAUUUAAAGGCUAAUCAGACAUCACCACCGCCUGCUGGGAGGAGAGGUUUCACUGAACCUUGCCGGGACAAAAUCUUUCACAAUAACAAACUCCUGGAUUUUAAAUUCCUAAUUGACAGCAAGCGGCUCAAACUUCAAGGAAGAAUAGGAUCUGGACAUUAUGGAGAAGUUAAAAGAGGCUAUCUGAGUACCAGUGCCCAGGGCACGUUAUCCCAAAGACAACAAGUAGCAGUCAAGAUCCUGAAGGAGGACCGUUAUCAGUCUGUCAUGGAAAAUGAGGAAUUUAGAAACGAGGCUGAGCUAAUGUCAACGCUACGACAUGAUAAUAUUGUUCGUUUUAUAGGCGUCAGUGACAACAUGCUGGUAAUGGAGUACAUAGAGAAAGGUUGUAUGAGAGAUUACCUGAAAAAGAAAAAGAAGGAGAAAAAUAUGUUGUCGGUCACUAAGAUAUUAAGGAUAUGUGCUGAUAUAGCUGAUGGAAUGGCAUACUUAGCCUCUAAGAGAAUUUUACACUGCGACCUGGCAGCAAGAAACGUGCUCCUGAGCUCAGAAAUUCGAGCCAAGAUAUCAGACUUUGGAUUGGCCAAAUUGUUAGAUAAAGAAAAAGAUUAUUAUAGAAGAUCAGAAAAUAAGAAUUUACCAGCAUGGUGGUGUUCUCCUGAGGCACUCAGCCAUCGUAAGUUUUCCCACAAAGCUGAUGUCUGGAGUUAUGGUGUUGUAUUAUGGGAAGGAUUUACGCACAGUGAUUCACCAAAAGUUUGUCCCGAGGUCAAGCACCUUAUGUCCUCCAUUAUUGGAGGAAAGCGUCUGCCAAAGCCUGAUCUCUGUCCUGCAGAUGUUUAUUCUUUAAUGAAUCUCUGUUGGAAGCAUAAGCCUGAAGAACGACCAGAUUUUAGUGAGGUCCAUAAAAGAUGCAGGGAAUUGAUCUAUAUACAUCAACAGAACAGGGAAGAAACAGCAGCAGUGGCUACAAGAGAAACAGUGUCCUCAAAUAAUCAGUCACAGUCAUCUUCUCGAAACACAGAAUCUAAUUCAAGCCAAUCAGAUAGAAGCUCUCAGAGAGUUGUGUCUGAUUCUUCCAACCAAUCAGAAGAACUCUCAGAAGCAAAGGAAGUGAAUUUGGAACAUAAAGACAAAAAACAGGAAACUGUUCAUAACUUAUCAAGUCAAGCAAAACUUUUAAAUAAAAAGCCAAUUGACAAUGCACCAAAAGACACCAACAGUUCUGAUGAAAAAAUACCAGGACCCAUAACUUGCUCACCAGAAACUAAAACAAGGACUGUGACUCAUAAUUCUAAAGCACCACUCAGUCUUAGUAUUCCAAACUCAGCAACACCUAGCCAUCAGACUGGACCUGCUAGUUCUAGCCAAAGUCCACCAAGACCAACAGUUGCAGGCCACCAUACUGGCGUGGUAGGAACAUCAUUGCCACCAACACCACUGGUACUGAUGCCGCCAGCCACCAUUCCUCUCAACUAUUUAUUGGAAAAAAAAUGUAUUCACUACAAUGAUCAUAACUUACUUGGUGCUGGAAAUUUUGGUGUGGUGUUCAAAGGAACUUUAAGGAAGAAUGGUCGGGACAUAAACGUAGCAAUAAAAACUUUAAAAGAAAAGAGUGUCAAUAGCAAGGAAGAAAUCGAGACAGAAGUUAAAAUAUUAGAGGAUCUUGACCACCCAAAUAUCGUCAAGUUUUAUGGGUUCUGCAGGACAGACUGUUUACUCGUGAUGGAACUGGUGGAUAAUGGAACACUCGUUAAAUAUUUACAGAAAUGUAAAUUUGAGCAAAAAGAUUUGGAAACAAAAAAACUUCUAAAUUUAUGUCUCGGUGUCGCUGAGGGCAUGAAGUAUUUAGCUGAGAGAAGCAUUAUCCAUUGUGAUUUAGCUGGGAGAAAUGUGUUAUUGACCAAUGAUCUAACAACCAAGAUAUCGGACUUUGGUUUGGCCAAACUACUGCAGGAGAAGGCUUAUUACAGACGAUCAGGCGAUAAGAAAAUGAAUGUUCACUGGUGCUCUCCAGAAUUUUUUCAAGAAAGAAAACUCUCGACUCAGUCAGAUAUAUGGAGCUAUGGGAUUGUUUUGUGGGAGAUAUUUUCGUACGGGAAACAUCCAAACAUUUGUAAAACAGACACAGAGAUGAAUAAAAUUGCAGAGUUCAUUAUAAAUAAGGGAUGUCAUUUAGAAAAGCCAGAACAAUGCCCUGAUCAUGUAUAUCUACUGAUGAAAAAUUGUUGGCAAAUGGAACCAAAUCAACGGCCAAGUUUUUCAGAAUUAGUUCAAACAUUUCAAUCGUAUGUUAGUCCAGUGAAUGAUGUCUAAACUGAGUUAAAAGCACCAAGUAGGGACUGAUACAAGGAAGACAAAGACCCAUAGAACAUAACAUUUGUACAUAUUAUAGCAACAAAUCAAGUUUAUUGUCAAGGCAACAACUUUCCAGUCCAAAAGUCAGAUUAUUUUGGUAUACAUUUGUAUGUUGUUUAAAUUUCUCUCUUGGUCCAAUUGAUGUGAGAAAGAAAAAUUGAAAGAUAUUUUUAAAUUAUAAAUCAAAUUUCAAAUUUGGUUUUUCAUUCUACAUUUGUACAAAGAAUCAAUGUUUUGAAAUCUCCAGAUUGAGGUUAUUAAACAGAUUCAUUUCUGAUAGUAGUUUCUGUUAUAAAAACAUUUUUACCUCAAUGUACCACUUGAUUUAUUCUUAAGGAUCAAACACCAUAAAUUUGUCUGUAAUAUUGAACUAAUAGUAAUAUAAUAUAUCUUUUAUCGUUAAUGCAUCGAAAAUUUGCCAAUGGACAUUUUUGUUUCUUUAUUUUUAUGAGGCUGACUUCUUACAGGAACUUCUUAGAAAGAAACUCAUGAUUUGUAUGGUCUCUUGUAUCUUUAUAUUUUUGAGAAGUGUUUUACUGACUGUUGAUAAACCUUUUGAGGUCUAUUUGUUGGACAAAUUGCUUUUUGUGAGCCUGUUGUAUAUUCCUCUUUUUUGUGAGAUAUAUAUUGCAGUCUCCUUAAUAAAGAAUUUUCAGACUAAAAAAAAUGUCCCACCUUCUUUUUAGCUGUUUUGUGGCAUCAUUUAUUGAAAUGUAGAGUUGAUAUCGAGCAAACUGUUCAAUGUUUUAUCAAACCAAAGAUAUGCUCACUAAUUAUAAUUUCUUUAGAUUGAAGUAUUUUUAGUUAUUUUUUGUCAAUAGUGGUGUAAGAUUCUAGAAGAUUUUCAUAUUGGUAUGUGUUAUAAUCUUUUUUAAAUCAACAAUGCUGAAAAUAAUGAUGUUCAUUUAUCCAUUCCUUUAACAUAAAUGUCUUUCUAAAUCAGCCCUAAUACUAAUACAUAUAGUUUUGUCAUAGAUUUUUCACAUACUUCUACAAAAAUAUUUCUUGAAAAGUUUACUAUAUAUGUAUUUUAGUCAUAUUAAAAUCGUAAAAAUUUACAUUUGUGUUUAACCCAUUAUAUAAUGAAACCAAACCUCACCAAAAUUAUUGCCAAAUAAACAAAAAAAACUUUAGACAUUUCUGCAUCUCAUGGUAUCUAUUUUAUAAAACUCGCUCAUAGAUUUACUUGGUAAUAAUUUUUUGAAAAAUACUGAUUUUAGUUGAAUUGAUAGGUCAUUUUUGGAGUGAGAACUCACUUGUGUCGUAUGACUGUAGUUUGUUUUGAUAUACACUAUAUAUUUAGCUACUAAUUAAAGAUCAGAAGAGUUAUUAUGUUUAUGAGUUUGUAUAUGAUGUAAAUAAUUGUAUUUAUGGUCAAUAGUUAUUUUAUUAGAUAACUUUGUGUAGAUAGUUAUAAAUUAAUAGUUUUUCUUACACAGCCAUUUUUGCAUAGGUACUAUUUCUG